AAGACGCGUUUAAGUGUUUUGCUAAGUGGAGCGGAAAAUCGGCUAUACAAAAUCACAAAAUGAAGGAUAUCUACAGUAAGGGAAAUCUGCUGCAGAAGGACGCCAUCUACAAGGAUGUGGUCGUUAUUGGCAAUGGACCAAGCGGUAUAUCGCUGUCGUACAUGCUGGCCGGACACUGGCCCUACUGGGUACCGGAGAAGGCAGAGAAGCAUCCGGAUGAGCUGCUUCGAGCACGGCUAAAUUACUAUGAUUCCAAAAAAAGUUUGAUCGAGCACGAUCUGUUCAGUUUGGCCGAUGGAUUGGAAGGACGAAGCACAAAUCCUGUGUCACUGUUGUUGGACAGUUUGCAGCAUCCGUGUGCCGAUUUGGGGAUGGAUCUACCUUCAAUGGUCGAGUACCGCUAUCAUCCCGAAAAAGAGAUCGACCAUCUUGUACUGGGACGUGGACCACCCGGCGGUUCCUGGCAUCGGAUGGAUCCGAACCUGCGCACACUAUCGCUGGCCGCCUGGAUGUCACUGCCCGGUUUACCGUUCGCGGAAUGGGAAUCACGCCAUCCGCCGGUGGAAGCUGCCGACGAAUCGGUUGCCCAACCGCUGUGCGCACGGUGUAACGAGCUGGCAAAGCGCACCAAGCGUAACGGACAGAAAGUGCCCUUAAUCAAGUGUAGCAAAUGUUAUCGCAAUGGAACGCACACGGACGGAAACAAUAACACGAGCGGCGGUACGGAAGGAAAUGCCAUCCCUGGCGAGCAGCACGGUGACGGUGGUAAGGUGGUGGCCGUACUGGAUGAACGGAGUGGCAAGGUGAACGUAAAGCUGCUCUAUCCUCCGCGACGAAAUCUUUCGCUGAAGCGGCAAGUUUCGAAGGAGGUGGAAACGCGCGCAUUGAUAUCUAGCGUCGCGAAGUACUACGAAAGCUAUGUGACGGAAAUGGGCUUGGAGCGGUACUUUAUGAACGAAACGAUCGUUACAACGGUGGUGCCAUUGGAUGGGAAGUGUGAGGUGGGUCUUCCGGAACGGUUCCGGAAGGGCCGGUGGAUCGUUGCUGGCUUCAACCGAACGACAAACAAGCGGUUUACGAUCGUGUGUAACAAUCUUGUGCUAGCGAAUGGUGCUUCCGAUCUCGCCAAUCGAUUGGGCGUUAAGGGAGAAGGUUUGGAGAUGCCAUGGGUGAAGUAUGAAUUGCCACACCUGGAACGAGCGUUGGAAAAGUACGAUGAUCACGCCCGCACACAACUAAAACCGGUGCUGAUCGUUGGAGCAGGACUUAGCGCAGCUGAUGCUGUCACCAUUUGUCGUUCUUCCGGAAUUCCUGUAGUUCACGUGUACCGCAACCGAACGGCCGGAUUAGAUAAGAUGCUACCCGGAAACGUUUACCCAGAGUACCACGAAGUGCAUAAAAUGAUGAAGGAUUCAAAUCGGAAGCAUGAACUCUACACUCCGCUGCCUGAGCAUACGAUAGUGGAUCUAGCGAUCGGAGGUGAUUCACGGCGCGUUACAGUACAACACCUGAAGACAGGCGAACGACGUGAGCUAGAUGUAUCCUACUGUGCAAUACUGAUCGGUUCACGGCCCGAUCUUCGAUUCAUCUCGUCGAUAACGGGAGCAAAGGGUACGAACCAAUCGUCGGAUGGAGCAAGUCCCUUAGCUAUUCCUGUGCCCUGCAUCGAAUCGGAAACGGAGGAUGAAACGGCUCUGAAACAUUGCUUCGGUCGACAACCCGCGCAACCCCUAACGAUGUGGAUGUUUACAGAGCAACUGCUUUCCUCGUGUCUCGGCCGGCAGCUGUACUGGCUUAAGAAUAUGUGUGCCAAAUGCAAACACAUCAAUCUCACCGAUAAACCCCGCCACAAGCUGCAGCAUCAGCAGCAGCAACAGUACAACGUACUCAGUACGACCCUCGUCGGUGGUCAGUGCGGGCACCAUCAGCAUCAGGAUGAGAAACCUGCCCUAAAUCUAAGCGCCGCCACCGGUAUGGGCCUCGGGGAAGAUCCAGCGAAACCAAUCGACUGCAAAAACAAUCCAAUCGAUGUGGAUAAGUACACGAACGCGGUGCUACGAACACCACACGCCGGACUGUACGCGAUGGGACCACUGGUGGGUGAUAACUUUGUGCGCUUCAUACCGGGCGGUGCACUCAGUAUUACCGCUGCACUGCACAAGCACACCGAAAACGAUUGA